AUGGGCGACUUGGAAGGCAACCCCUACGGUCUCAAUUACAACGACAUUCUCACUUCCAUGAUGUCGGGCGAGGAGGAGGUGGAGGACCUCGGCCAGUUCGACUACGGUGACAUUGCCGGUGAAGAAUGGGAGGAUGAGACGGGUAGAUGGCAUUUUCAGCCCUACCCCUCCUUGUCGCCUUCGUGGUGGGAGAACUUGUACUCCUUCGCCCAGAACAUCCUUCAUCAGGUCCUCCCCAAUAUGCUGUUCAGCUUGGCUCUCUGUCUACUGUGGCGAAUUUCCUUCCUGAUACUGACCCGUUGUCCGCCCGAACGCGGUGAAGGGGACCCUCAACAGCCUAAACGUCAACGUAAGAACUGGAGAAGAGGGAACUGUUUUUUAAAAAAUCUAUAUUAUUUCAGUACCUCCCACCGUGGAGACCGGGCCGGGUGAUUGCUUAACUUAACGCUCUAUUAGUUGGACAGCCUAGAGUCGGGUUCCCUCUGACUGAUAAAGGCAAAAAGAUCCGAUCAGACCACAUCAGUCUCUCUCAUAUGCCCCACCCCCCCAACACUUUGACUGUUGAUGAUUUUUGUCAUGCGACUGUCUGCAUGGGAUCUAGAUCAGUGCCGUGAAGUAAAACGGGUCGCCUAUAUUCCGUUUUGAGCUCAAACCAAAUCACUGAAUGUCACUUCCACCCGCAACAGACCUUGCUUUUUGGAUCUUGGACAGAAUACGGGUAAAAAAAAACAAUUAGAGGGUCCGGACAUUACGAUGUACUGAACUUCGACAGGAACUGUAUCCAAACCCUGUCGGAUGUUUCGAUUUCGCUAUUAGUAGGUACUGAUGGAAAGUGUCUCUGAUGGAUUUCUUCAACUAAACAAGAGCGCACAAAAUUGGCAGAGCGGGAAAGAAUAGUUUUUUGGAUAUACAGCUGUAAAUUUUUUCGGUAAUAAUACGAAAAUAAGGAAGGAGGUGGGGAGAAUUGCAAGGGCCAGAAAGCGCACAGUGUAGUGGAAAGGAUGCAUAAAGCGCCAACUACCGGAGAAUUUUAACAUCGAGGUAUUUAGAAAGAGGCUAGAUGAGGCCACUGCAUAAGAGCCUGAAUGAUAAGACUUUGCUUCCGAUCAUGGAUAAAGGUGGCAAUCUUAAGCCACACAAAGUGGCUGUUUUAUUGCUGAGGACAGACCGAGUUCAGUUGACCAUGCUAAGACAGGGUCCAAACAGUCCUAUGAAACUCGCAAAUUAAGGUGAUUCAUGUCUGGAUAACCAAAUCACAGGCUUGUCGUUGAUUGACUGUCCAACUACAAUGUCAUUAGCAUAUCUGACCAAUAAGGAGUUAAUGACUGACCGAAUGUCACCACUGUACAGACGAAAUCGUUGGGGAAGCAUUGGAUGACACUUUUAAGAACAGCGUAGUCAAUCCACGAUUUUCCGCCUUUUGUAGACAAUCCCCUUUAAUGUAAGCUAUCACUACUCAGGUCGCUCGUAGACUGAGUGCUUAAUAAAAUAACCAUUUUUAGUAUUUAAGUGGACUCACUUUUCGCCCUGGACAGGUGAUUCUUACGUUGUUUUUUGUCCCCCUAACGUGGAUAUCUGACUCUUCACGGGCAGCAACAAAGAGCAACAACGGGUUCGGCUUUCCUGAUUCGAAGGUGUUCCAGACUCUAGAAUCCGUCAGAGAACUUCAGCGCUGUAUGAGGACACCGCUUGGCCUCAGCGGCAUACUUUUAAAUUGGAACAGCCGGGGUUCACUUGUAAUGACAAAACUCAAAAUGCAACCACCUACUGUACUGAUUUAACUCUAUUUUUUUCGACUUUUCUAGCCAAUAUUGGGGCACUUUGCUGAGCCAAAGUCAACAGUAAACGUCCCAUUUACCAGUAAGAUCCCAGUCAGUGGGUGAAAGCCAGAAGUGUGGACAUGAGCUACUGUAUAAUUCACAGUCGGCAAACGUACAUUUGAGUUUGUCCAUUAUCAGGCCGGUACCGUAAUUUCCAUCACGUUAGGGCUGCGAAAGGCGAAGAACAGCCAAUAAACAAAGUCCAUGGAGGAGAGGGUUGGAGAAGUAUAGACGUAUCCGAAGAGGGGGUAACCUAUGGUCUAGUCCUGCCGGAAAGGUCAGAUAGGGUGCUAGUGGAUUGUGAGUGUGUCAAAAGUGUGUUGGCCGUUCCAUAUCCAAGUGGUUAGUCUCCAUCCAAAACUUCCCCAACGAUGGAAAUUUAAAGUUCUCAUCCGGUGCUGGUAUCUGUCUCACUUAAAUACACCUUGGGAGACUAAUUGUGGAACGGGAUGUAGUAUAGUAUAGUAUAAUAGUAAUAUGUGUCUGCCUCUUGAAUACGUUGCAGUUUGGUGACAUUCUUGCCAUUCCAGAGCAACGUCAAAGGGUUGGCCAGGAAGAAUGCCAUUAGUAUCUCUAAAAUUAUCCUUAAUUCCUCGUCAAUGACAUACAACCUUUCAGCCAAGUUUGUACGACCGUGGCUUCGAUCCACCGCCAACUUACUGAACUUCCCUUCACCGGCUCGUAUCUCCUAUUGUCAUAUCCCUGAAUACGCACAAUAAAUGCAUGCUUUAGUUUCAUAUGGAGGUUUUGGACUGUCUCGCUGCUGUCCGAUGGCGGGUUUGAACGCAAAGUUUUGAAGGAAGACAGAAAAUCCGUAUUCCAGUUUGUAAUCGACGAACAUCAACUCUUCGUACUUUUAACCAUUUCUGAUCGCAGUCGACAGAGCACAAGCCUGUGGGUCAAUAUAACAGGCAUUAAACUAUGCGGGCUUUGAUUCAAAUCUCGUUACUUCCUAGCCUGUUAUCGGAGAAUGGCCGCCUAUCGAUGGCAAGCCGGAGGCGACCUUCUAGACCUCAUUUUAUCAGUACUGCUUCUGAAACGCUGAAAAUUAAUCCCCACGCGACUCUCAUCAGUUUGGGAAUUUGAAGUAACUGAACCGAGUAUAAAUAGGAGUGGAAGGGAAUAUGCCGAGGCUACAGAACGCAUUGCGUCAGAGUUAGGCGUGGGCAUCGCUCAUCAUCCGGCGGCUACCAUGCGUAGCAGGAUCAUGAAAAUGAAGAAUCGGCUGGACGCAGGUGAGCAGUCGGGCGUAGCCUAUCAAAUCCCGUGCCAUGACUGUCCUUGCCACUACACAGGCCAAACAGGACUACGUGUCAGCUCACGAAUACUUGAGCACAAACGGGCCGUUCGGAGAGGCAACCCACUAUCUCAAGUCGCCACUCACACGCUGGAGGAAGGCCAUGAGUCCGACUUCGCCAACACGCAGAUAUUGGCGCGAACCGGCAGCAAGACGGGGCGAGGACUGUUGGAGGCGUGGGUGUCGGACACCAACUCUAUCAAUAGACACAUUGAUUUGCCUGCGUGUUAUCACGCAUUCCGCCCACGCAGCCAGGUGGCGCAGCUCACAUCACCGCGAAGUACAAACGCCGUCACCCUGCCGGGGGACCAUUGUGGACUAGGCGGCACAAACCAGACCCAGCCACGGACGAAGUCCCCCCCAUACGACACAACGAUAUAAAUUUUCACAAGUUGCUGCACCCUAGCAGUCUCUGAUGAUAAACUCCCGUUCGAGUUCGAAAGCGAAGGCCAAUAAAUCUACCAUCCCAGUGAUCGUGCCUUCGUCUUCUUUUAAAUAUAGAUAGGAGUGCCGAAAGUUUAGCGUCACUUCUCCUCAACUGAGCCGACACCUGAACGUACAUUAUGCGUAUUUUCUCGGAGAGACGCCCAUGUCUAUCACCAUUUCGGUAGUGUCCUCAUCAAAGUCUUAUAGCUGCAGAUGUAGAAUUUACCUGUCUUUUUGAAUUUUCACACAGCUGUUGCCUGCCAGACCCCUGUUUUGGAUUCAUCAAUCUUCUUUGCCGCGUUUCUCGAAUGUGCUACCUCCUUGUUUUUUGUGUAAAUUUCAGUACCUCUCUGGCGUGAAGCUCUUCUUCAUGCACUGUCCGUUGCACUUGGUGAGUUAACGGAGGAGCAGUAGUUGUUAAAUGCAUACUUCUAAAUCGCGCUGGCUCUUGGAAGACAUAUGGCCUAACCUUUACGUAAAUAUUAGUAUGAGCAGGCGGAGACUACUAGAUACAAAUGAGUAGCUGUGUAAAAAAAGGAUUUCUGAGCAAUUAAUGUUACCUUACCUGGUGGUACAACGCCGGCAUGGGAACGGCGUUCCUGCCAAUUGCAACAAACUAGCAAGUCUCGGGUAGCAAUUUGAUAGGGGCUUUCACUUCCGAAACACGCGAUAUCAGAUUCGAAUUCGAGCCCACCAUCGGAAGCAGUAAGCGUCGAAAAUGAAGCAUUUGCCACUAACCGUGACAUGCCCACAGACCGCCAGACCUUGUCUCCGAUGUCGAUCAUGGCGAUGGCUGAUGUAUGGUGGGCUGUUAUAUCUCGUCUAUGUCCUACCCAACCGGCUUCGUUUCGUCGCCCGCUGGACUCCCUCCCGUCGCAUCACGAUUGAAACGGCAAAUGCCUUCCCUGAUUGUCUUGUACAUACGUGGCCACGAAGUGUGCAUCGUACAGUAAGCGAUGGCUGAAGAAUUCCUUAGUUGCACCGUUCCUUCCAGAUAAUCGAGGAGCGUAACCCGCAAAGGCGAGGUCGGUCCUAACUUAGUGGUUCUUAUCAGACAGUAAUACCCCAACCCCAGACUUCGAGCUCGAGGUCUGAACCCGGAUCAAUUGAUCAUUCAACAGAAUUCUCACCACUGCAGUCAGCUGACAUGGAGUUUUUGCUGCAAUGGUGAGAGCGCUACUCCAUUAUCAACCGACUGAGAGCAAAACUUACAACUGGCAACUGGUGGAAUGAGGUCUUAGUAGCUGAGGACUGCAAAUUUGCUGAAAGUAUUCAUUCCAGUGCCCCCAUAUGGUCGGUAAGGGUUCCUAUUUAUCGUCAGUCACCAUGCACCCACCUGCGUUAUCAGCCAUUCGUCAAUUCUGAGACAGAGUGAAAUGUGCGUUUCUAUCCUACAGUCAGAAUAAACCAGUUCAUAUCACUUCCACAUGACUGGAUGUUCUCGAUCUCAGUCGAAAUGUCUUUCAGGAUGGUUUCAAAGAAGUUAUGGUGGGCAAAGUCUGACGCCGCAUCCUAUCAUGUUUACUUAAAUGGCUUUAAACGGACCUACAAUAGAUGUGCUAACUCAUGAAAUGUUGACCGGAAUUCUGAAAUGUAUUGUCGACUCGAAAAUAUUAAUUAGGUGGCCUUGAAAUACACAUCUUGCAGCGUAAUUUUAAGAUAACUCAGUAAUUUCAGGCUGUCAGCUUUUGGACGAACUUCUUUUCGGUUGCCUGCAAAUACGACACUCAGUAAAAAAUGGCUAAUUAAGUAGCAUCAAUUUUUCUCAUUGAUUUUAGAUGCCCCUUGUAAAUUCUAGCAUAGUUCAUAAUGCAUGAAAAUAUUCAUUCUUUUGCACAUUUGGUAGAAAAUUGCGUCUCCUUUAAAUUUUGUGCUUGAAGAAAGGGUAUAAUUCGCUUUAAAAAAAACUUUUUGAACGAGCUGCACAUUUUCCGUGUACAAAGCAUUACUUCCAUACGGUAUUAAAAGAAAACCAUAAGGAAUUCAUAACAUUCAGCGGUGGAUUUGAGCCAUACUGUAAACUUAACGAGCAAAAUUAGAAAACGCUGAGACGUGAUGUUUUGUGAACGGCCAUUCCGCGAUCUUAAAAAUCUCAUAAUGAGUAACCUUUUCAAACCGAAUUAUACCCUUUCUUCAAGUAUAAAAUUUACAUAAGACGUAAUUGUCUACCAAGUGAGUAAAAGACUGAGUAUUUUAUGCAUGUUUUCUAUGAAGUAUAUUUGAGUUUAUGAGGGCAUCGGAAAUCAAUUAUAAAAUUGGUGCUACUUAAAUAGUCAUUUUUUUACUGAGUGUCGUUUUUGCAGGUGGACGAAAAGAAGUUCGUUCAGAAGUUGACACCCUGAAGUAAAUGAGUUAUCUUGGGAUUACGCUGCAAGGUGAUGUUUUUUACAACCCUACUCAACUAAUCUUUUCGAGUCGAAACCGCAUUUCAAAAUUCCGGUUAAUGUUUUAUGAGUUUGCAUAUCUACUGUACUUGCUAUUCAUUAGUAGCAAGGCAGUAUACACUCGUAUUUAUCUUUCACAGGCAUUUUGCUGCUGGGCCACUACUUUGGGGCUCACUGCACCCUUCCGAUAGCCUUCAUCAUAACUCUGGGUCUCCUCCAAUGCGGUCUACGCUACCUACCACACACUAACCUCGCGCCUAUCGUCCAUCACAGCACGUCCACCUCCCCAAGCAGCUGGAGUGGAGGGGUUGUCCUUAUCACCCUAGCCUGUCUCUCCGUACAACUCUAUGGGUUAGUGAAUUUCCUAGAACGCCUUCACGGCUGUGUCAGCCUUUUCUCUUGCUUUUUUUACUAUAAGUUUUCCUAGUUGAUGUUCCAUCCCGGGAUUCGGAAAAUUGGCCGACAGGCGCAGCACUUUGAUGUCGAGUCAGGUCGGGAGAAUCACCGACGCAGAAGUCGUAGAUGCCGCUUUACAGCCUACAGCAAAUAAGUAGCCUCCAUGGUGUCCGGUCGCUGCGUCAUACAGUCUCGUAUACUCGUUACCCACAUUUGAAAUUAAAAGCGGUCUUUUGUCAGGAUACAGUUAGAUGAGCUGACGUGAUAGUUAUGCCGUACUCGUCUCCGUGAGGUCUAGGGGUAGUCGUGAUCAUCCCGUGCGCCUAAACAGACCGGACAAAGUUCUCUAUUUUCUGCGUUUUUAUCUCUCUCCCUUGACUGCCCUUCACUCCUCUUAUUCGUAUUUAGAAAAAGAUUUUUAAUCAAAGUACCUCUGAUCAUGAUUCUGGUUCUCGACUUUGAGACAUCCGAGGCGUUCCUGAAGAGGCCUACCGAAUGACAGAAAUCUUGCCUUAUAUCGACUGAAGUAGGGCAGAAGCAUACCCCAUCCCACAACCUACUUAUUUGCUCACCGCCGCAACUUCGAAACCUAUGGUCCGGGGCUCUGCGCCCCACUUUGCGCCCAGUUGACGUGCAUAUCAACCCUGCUCCUGAGUAUUAUGAGUACUUUUGACGGCUGGACUUGUCUUAUCGUCUUUAAACUGAAAGCACACGUCUUUGGGAGCUGGUCCUUUUUUCGGAAUAUUACAAAUAAAUUUCGGUACACAGACUUUUUAGUUCCUGAGGUCACAAGCAAAAAUGACCCUAAAUCAAGAGACGCGAGUCUUCUGAAGAGGUAAAAAGGACGUAACGAGAUGUGUCCUCCUGCUACGAAGGUUUCCGCCAAAGCACAGCACAUAUAAUCUUCCUGAUGCAUAGAAAACAUUGAAUAAACUGGCGGAUUCAUAGUUGCUGUCUGCCAUUGCCGAUGCAACUAUUAAAGGCUUACUUUUUGGCACAAUCACUGAGCCUGUCGUAGAGGUCAUCAUUCUGACGUAGGUAGAUCUGUGGUGUAGGCUAAUCGUGCUCGGUUAACGGAGUUUUCAAUCCAGAUUACUCAGUCCAAUUUCCCUGCCCGACACCCUGUAAUCCAUAAUGAGCCGAUCCUUCCCAUUCAGAGGGGAGAUUGUUUUACUUUUUGUACGACAUUUACAAAAUGGUUUGCAUUGGCAAACAUGCAAGUCCACUUUCAUCGAUUUUCUGGGUCUUUUUAUUCGAAGCGGAGCACUUUGUUUUCAACAGAGUAAUUACUGUGCUCACACCACUUUUGCCUUCCUUUGUCUAGUGAAUUUUUUAUGAUCCCGGAAGACUGGCAUGCAAUUAGAGGUGAGCCCACGUUCCUCCCCAUUUUUCGCUGCUUUGCUUUUUCCUCGCAUUACGUUGGCAGUAGUAUUAGUCAUCGUUGUACAUGGAGUGAUGACACAAGCACAUAUUACAGACAGCUGUUGCAUAACGCAUUUACUUACUGGUCUGGAGGUCCUAGGCUGUCUGAUGUCUGGUUACUGCGUGCUUUGUUUAUGUGUGUCUGCUUGCCUGUGUGCUUUGGGUCCUUCAGAAGAGAUUGCUUUGUGGUGUUAUAGGUCAGUAUAUAGGUCAGUAUAUUUUAAGAGUAAUAGGCAAUGCCUUUGAAAACCCUAUUGUAAACGGUACAUGCAAUAUCUCACUAUAAAUAAACAUGGUACUGAAAUUUUGUCAGUAAUAUACACAUUUAACAGAAUAUUUUGCGAAAAAUGUAGAACCAAAACUUGUGAACAUUCAGUUGUAGAUGAUUUCAGUAAAAUGUUAUGACAGUCAUCCGCAUUAGCGGUAUGAGUAUGCAAGGCGUUGGUUUAGCACCACAGAGCUGUUCUGUUCAGACAAGCGAUAGUGUCCAAGCAAAUAUGCAUCGAGUCUUUGCUUGAACGUCUCCGUGGUAUCCGCCAUUAUUACGUCCUCGGGAAGCCCGUUCCAGGCACCGACGACUCGCUGUGAAAAACAGUAUUUGCGAACGUCCAGGCGGCAUUGGGAUCCUCUAAGUUUUAGAGAGUUCCCACGCAGGUUUGUUGUUGUGGCCAGGGUGAAGAAAUCGUCGGGGUUUAGGGCACAUUCCCGGUUCCUCAAUAUCCGAUAGGCCUGUAUGAGAUCUCCUCGAACCUGCCUGUACUCAAGAGGAAAAAGGUUACGUUCCCUAAGUCGGCAGUCGUAAGGUAAAGUCCUGAGGCCUUUUACAAUUUUUGUUGCUCUCCUCUGAACUCUUUCUAGCAACUUAUUGUCUUUUUUUAGCCACGGGCGCCACGCUUGGAUUCCAUAUUCCAGAUGCGAGCGAAUGAACGCUCCGUAUAAUUUUCCAAAUAACUCUUUGUCUAUGUCCACGAAAGAUCGUUUAAUGGCAAAGAGAACACUAGUUGCUCUUUUGGACGCCCUAAGACACUGAGAUGAAGGCUUAAGGGUCGACAGAAUGUUAACCCCAAGAUCUUUUUGUUCUGUUACAUUUGAAAGGCACCUUCCACCAAGUUGGUAAUGGUGAUCCUCUCCGUCAGAUCUUCCAGUCGUUUUGAGUCGCAGAGCGACGCACUUCUCUAGGUUAAACUUUAGCAGCCAUUUGUCAGACCAUUCGCAUAGGCGAUUCAGUCCUUCUUGCAGGGCCCGUUCAUCAUGUUCGCCGUUGAUCGCUCGCCAUAACUUGAUUUCAUCAGCAAAUAUGACUCCAUUGCAGUCCAGUCCAUUCAUACAGUCGUUGACAUAAAUUAAAAAUAGUACUGGUCCGAGUACGGAGCCCUGCGGAACUCCACUCACAACUGGCACUGGUGUUGACUUCGCACUACCAAUACAAACAGAUUGUGAUCGACCAGUCAGAAAGUCCUUUACCCAGUUUAAUAGGUUUCCCCUUAUCCCUGACUCUCGGACCUUGUAAAGUAACCGGUGGUGUGGAACACUAUCAAAGGCUUUCUUGAAAUCUAUGUAAACGAUAUCGACCUUUGUUCCUGCGUCUAACGAGCGAGACCAAUGUUCUGUUGAAUGAAGCAUAUUAGUUAGGCAGGAGUGAUUUCGUCGAAAGCCAUGCUGAGAACUAGCAAAGAAAUUAUUUUCUUCAAGGAACUUCAUUAUGGAUUUUUUGACUAUUCUCUCCAUGACUUUGCAACAAAUGCACGUUAGGCUCACCGGCCGAUAAUUGUUUGUACUUGUUCUGGAUCCGCCCUUGUGAAUGGGGUAUAUGUUCGCCACUUUCCAAUCAGAGGGGAGAAUGCCUCGGUCAAAGGAGGACCUAAAGAUGUGCCAAAGCGGUUUGGCGAGUUCGCAAGACAACUCCUUCAGCACUUUUGCCGGAAUUUGGUCUGGGCCCGGAGACUUGCCCUCCUUAAGCGCUAGAAGUUCCUUCCUCACAUCUUCUUCCGUGAAGUCGAUGUUUUCUAUUACUUCGUCGGUUGUCCCAGCAGGAGAUCCAGCCUCGUCAAAGUCCGUUUCAUCGGUGAAAACCGAUACGAAAAACCGGCUUAGAUUUUCUGCCUUAGCGUCAUUUUCGAUGAUAUCCUCAUUGUUUUCUCCUUUCAACACUGCAACCGUCUCCUUGUUCUUUAACCUACUGUUUAUGUAACUGAAGAGCACUUUUGGCUUAUCGACGGCCCGUUCCAUAACUCGCAUUUCAUACUCCUUCCGCGACCUGCGGAUAGCCCCCCUUACCUCGUUUCGCUUUCGACGAAAUUGCUCGUAAUGGGAUGGUUGUUUUGUUGUUGCAUACCUACGCCAUAGUUUGUUUUUCCGGUUUACUUCUUUCUUUAUAUCCCGUGUUAUCCAGGCAGGACGAUUAUUCUUUUUGACUCUCUUUGUCGGACAGUUUCGAUGCAUAAUGACUGUUACAACUCCUUUCAGAGCGUUCCAAUCAACGUCUGGAUGUCCGGAAAGAAAGUCAUCCCAGUCCACUGCCGAUAAUUCCCUUCUCAUGGCGGCAAAAUCUCCUCGCCAGAAAUUCAGUCUAGGCUCAGUCGUAUUCGCUUGUUGGCUGCAUAGGCGGUAUUCCCAAAACAGCAUGACAUGGUCACUCUUACCGAGCGGUGUUAUGGACCUAAGUUCGCCAGGGCUAAUCGGGUCUUUUGUAAGGACGAGGUCCAGACAAUUUGCUCUUUGGUCCGCUCUGAUCCUGGUUGGGAACGUGACGUUUUGAACCAGAAAGAGAUUAGCCGUUAGUUUCAAGAGCCUGGAAUCAAACGAAUUUCGCGAGCCAUUUACUAAUAAAUUGUUCCAGUCGACCAUGGGUGCGUUGAAAUCUCCGGUUAUCAGUACCUCUUGGUUUUGUGACACCUCUUUAAUUAGAUCUCGACCGGAGCCAACCGUGCAUGUGACGCCUAUUAGACGGAGGCUUUUACGGCACCGGCCUGUGCUUUCUAUAAACUACCACGACUCGCUAAAAGUCGUGACUUGAAAGACUCUCAACUGACGGGCUAAUUCACACGGGCUGCAAGGAAUUCGUCUUGAUGUGACCUUCAGGGCAACUUUUGGCACCGUGAAAUCCAAAUUAAUUAAAUCGUGUUUCUUACACGUGCAUGGAUGUACACGAGUGAGGCAGGCACAGACGCGACCUUAUUUUAGGUUGACCACCGCGUCCAUUAAUAGCCCUAGUCGUCUUUAUUUUGUCACGCCGUUGGUAAGGCAGAUGAGGUGCUGUGCAAUUUUCCCCCUUCCGUCCUCCAUUUCACGCCCAAUUCGGCACUGCUCCCUCGGGGUCAUGAUGGUCAUUGUCCUGUUUGACUGGAGAAAUAAACUACUGCAUACAGUCAGCUGGCUGGUUUUCUUUCGUACCAUCCUUAACCUCCUGAAAACGAAUAACAGGUCCGGCUGGCACUGAAGUUUUCGUUUUUUGUGCUGAUUCCCACGUGCGUAGGGUGAUUUUGUUCUGCUUGGCACCACAGGCACUGUCAUGGUGAUCAUUAUGAAGGCCAUCUGUGCCACCUCCACCGCACAGACCAAGGGUUCCUUCGAACCCUCCGACGUCUUCCUGCAGUUUCUGUCCUGGUGCGGCUACGCUUUCUCACCUGGCAGUAUCAUUUUUGGCCCCUGGUUCGGUUAUUGCGACUACCUCGACACCCUUCGCCUUCCCUAUCAACCGAAAUCUUCCGUAAGUCCCUUUUUUCAGUUAUCAGGAGUUCUGUCCUUAAACGUAUUCACAGUCAGCGGAUCUGAAAAUCCGCCUAACGUGACCUUAUCGGCAGCCAUCUACUUUUCCUAGAACCGCAUACCCUCGAUCUGAAUCCGCCUAGCUGAACUAAAUCAGCAAGAUAUGCGACGAAAAACAUCUGGGCUCCAUAGCGCGUCACCGACGCCUUGUGUUUGCUUAUUUAGACUGCAGCCUGUGCCUGUGGUGUUCCUUUGGAUUUAUUUGAAGCAGAAAACAAAGUUCACGGAGUUAAGUAGACCUUGAUUCUGGUGCGCCUUUCUUUUAGUUUUUAGGCGAUAUUUUGCGGACAUGUGCUUCCUGUCUAUGCUGUCUCGGUUGCAUCAUCUACUCCACCUACCUUUCGUCCAUCGUCUACUCCAGUUACUGGACCACCUACAGGUGACUUCUGUUUUUGAACUCCUUUCUGCAUCACGAUGUGGUGUAUAACAUUCAAAGCGGUAAGGUUUUUUUUAAGAAACUGACCUUUCUAGGAAAUGACCUUGCACUAACAAGGACGUUCGAGUCUGUUUAACUGUCAGACGUAAUUCUUUCUCUUACCAUUGAGCACAGUGUUCAUUACUUGCAUGUUCCUGCGAUCCCACUGUAAAGGUACAUAGGAUGAACCUCGCAGCCUUAAAACAGUCCUCUUGUUCACUCAUCCAUGUGUCUGACGCGCUUUUCUGCCAUGACAUCCGCGACUUCUAUGUCAAGUGUUUCACUUACGAAUAAAUUCAAUAAAUAACCUGGUAGUGGUGGCGGCGAUGGUGGUCGUUUCACUUUCUGACUAUUAUAUUAGCACUGAUGGUACUCGUCCUUUACUGUGGGAGGAUGCGUCCUGGGUGUCAUUAGUAACCGUUUCUUCGCAGUUGGGAAUAUUGCAUAGAUCCCACUCCCCUGCUCAGAUUCACAAUAUCCUUUAGCAGUUGGUAGUCACCUGUUUCGCGCCGUGGUCGAGCUCCUCGAACCCAAUGGAUAUUCGAGCAUUCAACAAGCUUGUGCUUAUUCGUCUCAACUUUAACUUGGCAUGAUCGACAGGUAUCAUCUCUAAUGCGGCAUCUCUUCCUUCAGAAAUGUUUGAGAUCCGGUUAAAUACCGGUUGCGGAGAAUCUAGGCGCGUCUUGCGAGUACUGUUUUAGCACAUCCUUUUGUUAACUCAUGAUACCCGCCAUAGAUCCUUAUCAGGCGAUAUAGCACCUCGCAACGAUUCAGCUGCUCUUCCACCUAUCCACUUUGAGGAUUCAAUGUUACCGACUCGUGCUUUACGAGAACUGGGAACUUCUGUAGCUCCACAGUAAGUGGGCUUCCUCUUCGCCUGCUAUACCAAAGUCGCCUAAACACCAGGUAUCGGGCUGCGAUAAUUCCCGGUUUUCUUGUUUUUGUUAAUUAAUUGAUGAAUGCUGAGAUAUCGGAAGCGGUGGCUUCAACGCUGGACUGAGUUGUGCCCCCCCAUCCUCGCGCUCAUACGAAGGAUCACAAAGUCCUUCUUUCAGGCCUAUGGAAUUGGUGUCGGUUUCGUGCUUUUAUAGGCCUCCCCUUUAUUUAUCUACCUCCUAGUGCUCAAGCUCUUUCGAAAUCAGUGCCUUACAUAUUUCUUUCUCUAAACUGUAGGUGGAUCAACGCCUUUGUACAGUCGCAAAGCUUUCGUUUCAGUCACUACUUUGUCUGCUUCUUCAGCCAGUCGCUCCAAGAGCUCAUAGGCUUCUCUACAAUUACCGGACCGUCCUUUCAGUGAGUCCUCCUUCUUCCCCUGUCUUAGCCUUUCGGUUUUUUUCCUUCACAUUUAACUUGAAGCCCUCUUCCCAAAUGCCUCGUCGUUACCCGAAAGAAAUCCAGUUCGGAAACCAUCAUGCCUAGAUGCUGACUGGAUUUUAACUUCUGUAGAGUUUAAAAUCCUUGAACCCCUCCUCAACCGGCCUUAUUUUGAUUGUCUUCUAUUGAUUUUUACUGAAAACAGUGCAAAGGGUGCUCAGGUGAUUUAACAUUCUGCUUCUUUUUUCCGUUUCUUCAAUGUACCCGGCAAAGUCGAGGCAGGAGAUUUGCAAAGUGCGCGAAUCCUGUUGCUGUCGAAUUUCCACGGUCCUUAGUUGACGUCGUCAUACACUGGAACUUUCCAAUGCACAUUUGGCUGAAGCAGUGUAUGUUGCACAUUCUUUUCUCUCCUUGAACUCGCAGUCCUUGCAGUUAAUUGGUUGACGCGUUUUCGGCAUGUUCAUUUUCACGGAGGGCUAACUUACGGCGUCUAAACAGUGAGUGUACUCGCAACGCCACAAUGAUCACGGUUCAGUCGCGGUUUGGGAGAAAAAGGGAAAGGCACCAGUAGAAGUCGUUCAUUCUGUACAGAAGCCCCGUGGUGGUCAGAACCUCGACGUGCGGACGGCUCUGGGUCUGCGCGCGCACCUGUCCGUUAAGGUUAUGUUGGCAUGAAUGAAUAGGCGUCAUAUGAGAGUCAAUCAUUGUCAGCUUCGUGAGUUGAUUGGGCCAUUGCGGAGCUUGUAGGCGCCUGUGAUUGGCUCCCUGGAGGCCGCAUAUGCGCCUAUGUUUCGGCCGCUCGGGGGUCGUUACUUGAUGUUUACUAGUUCGGCCUAUUUGCCAGGGGCGGGAGGUUUGAGGCGUUACAGCCCCAAAAAUCCGACUUUUUAAUUUUAGUAGUAGCAGUGGUAGUAGUAGUAGUAGUAGUAGUAGUAGUAGUAGUAGUAGUAGUAGUAGUAGUAGUAGUAGUAGCAGUAGUAGUGGUAGUGGUAGUAGUAGUAGUAGUAGCAGUAGUAGUGGUAGUGGUAGUAGUAGUAGUAGUAGCAGCAGCAGUAGUAGUAGUAGUAAUAGUAGUAGCAGUAGUAGUAGUAGCAGCAGUAAUAGUAGCAGUAGUAGUAGUAGUAGCAGCAGUAAUAGUAGUAGUAGUAGUAGUAGUAGUAGUAGUAGUAGUAGUAGUAGCAGCAGUAGUAGUAGCAGCAGCAGCAGUAGUAGUAGUAGUAGUAGCAGCAGUAGUAGUAGUAGUAGUAGCCCAUUGCAACUGAUAUAGGUGAAAUAUGGUCUCGACUAUAGAGUAGGUCUUAUUAUGUCUCUGAUUGUCUUUUCAGGCUAGCGUUCAGAGGUUGGCAGCCGAUCAUUGAUGUUGACCAGUGCGUUAUUUUAUCUGGUACCCAAAUUCCCCCCCCCCCCUCCAAGUACCUUCCUUUGGGAUGACCUGUUCUAACAGAUUACUAUACCCAAUGAAAUUUGUGUUCAUUAUUUAUUGCAAAUGUGAUUUCCUUUAUGCAAGUGUCGAAAUUCAGUAAACAAAUUGCGCGUACUCGCGUAGCUACUGACUUUUCAUGACUGCGGUCUACACAAGUGAUUUUAAACGUGUUCAAUCAAAAUCCAGCAGGCGAUCGAGCAUGAAGUAACCUCCGAUGGCGUUUACUGCCACCUAGAACUUCAACCCCUUCCAGGCAAUAUGUCAUUAGUGAGAGCGUGUUCGGACUGUCUCGAUCAAUGUUUCGACAGCCUCUGUAAUAUUGGAAAUCUUGACCUCAGUAGGCGCGGCUUUACUUUAAGACAUUAAAAUGACUUUUAUGGGACUCCUGUUGCGCCUCUUUCUCAAUUUUUUUGGGAUCCUUUCAUUUCCUUAAGUGUGGUAGAAGAUAAUUAAGUACUUCCUAGUUCCCACAUCCUACAUGUAGUGCAGUCAAUUGGAAUUUAGGUGACUCUUUCUCACCUCGUAAGCCAUCCCUAGACUGGACUUAUUGCAGUUAUUAAUGAUGUCUUGCAUUUUCCGAUGUCACAAAACACAGCCAGUUUUUAUCUAUUUUUCUUCUAGUUGUUUACAAACCAACCCGAAAAUUUGGACAGCUUCCAGCAUUGCUACUAACCUACGCAUUCAGUUCGCUGCUUCACGUGCGUUUAUUCAAACAUUUAGCUUCGUCGAUCAUUGACUUUUUUCAGUUGCCAACAUGCAUGACAUUGUUAAGAGUUAUGUAUAUUAUUCUGCUCUCCUUAACUACACCCAUUCUUGAUGUGCCUAUGUGCAGACCGCCUAUAAAUGAGAAACCGUUCAUAAGGACCGAAUCGCGACAGCCUUUAUACUGCGAUCCUGCCGUCUCUCGGAAAGUCGCCUUUUAUUGGCCAGUCGAAGGUGGACUCACGCCCAUUAGGUGCGCACUCCGCACACUCUGAGGUUAGGGGUGCGCCUCAACCACACCCUACUAAGUGUCCCCUGCUGAUCAGCUGCCCGUAAUAUGGGGGCCGGUGGUAAUAGGGGUAUUUACAGGUGGGGCCGAGGAACGCACAGGCGACAAGGCCAAGUAAUGUUAUGCAAAAGAAAAGACAUUGGGCAUGCGUGGUUGUACUUUCAUUGGUUGAGAAAUAGUUGCCCUACGCCUAACCCCAACCCUAACAUUAACCGCAGCCCUAAACCCUAACCCUGAAACAUUCAACGCGAAAGUUAGAAGGAGACAAGAGGCUGAAGUCAAGAAGGACCACCGGCCUUGGGUCGAAAAGGUAGACACGGCAACAAAAGAAAACAAAGCCCUCAACAAAACACACACUGCAACGCACAACAACCCCAUGCCAACGCAAUUACACCAACUCAAAAUAACCAAGUAGGUCAACAGCAUUGAGUCCAUCAGGCGCGGCUACAUAAGCACAUCUUACCGAAAUAUUUUCUGGCACGAAACGUGAAGACCUUUUUGGCUGCGGCCUUUACACAGUGUGGUCAGCGGACGCACUCAACGACUCAGCAGCACUAUGAAGUCGCGGACGAGUCUCUGAGAGCAGGCUGAAGAAAACAGUUCAUCACGUACUCGACUAGUGUUCAUGAAGGCGCACACAUCCCUGGCGGACGUUGGAAGAAGCCAUUCUCUCGAACUCUGACCCGGGUUUUACGAUAGUAUCCCUGCCUCAGCAGGAGUAGUUUCACCGAAUUGUCAUCCCGAGGUCUGAGUUGUCACAGGGAGUCAUGACUGACAUGACCCACCCAAUGUGGGUUUGUGGGUUGCUGCCAGUGGGAUUUAUAUUCGCGAGUUCGGUGAAACCUAUAGCGCUCAUUUCCACAACCCUGCAUUGCCCAGCAGCUGCGCAAUUCACUUGUAUCUCUUCAUUUCGACCAAAAGAGGAAGAAAUUCAUGUCAGACCGUCGGAUGCGGAUGAAAAGACCCUUGCCCGCUAUGUCCCUUUUUAAGCUUAUUUUUGAGCCUUUAAAAGUCCACCCUAGAAGGUUCGCCGUUUUUGUGGUGUCCGGCCUUUAGGCUGCAUUUUUUCUAAGUAGAGCUGGUUGGACGUGUUGUGUGUCGUUAUACUGACCGUAAGCGCACGCGUCUCCUUAUUCCUCUUAAAGUGACAAACUGCUGCGAAGCAACCGUAGAAAAUUAACAGUACAGCAAUCAACCAAACCGUGCUCUGCGACUUCAUUAAAUUUGAUGACGCUCAUCCAUGUCAAGCCACGGCGACUAACGUUUUCUCUCAUCUUCUAAGAUGCACUUUUUCCGUACUUUUUUAACGAAGAGUGCACCUCUUGACACGUCUUCAUCUGAUGUUAAGCCAAAUUGCGGGACAGUCAUUUGUCAGGCCCUUUCCUCUUCCCCACCGUACAGGGUAGGAUGCCGAACUUCAACUCGUCAGAGAAAUUUAGAAAAAAAUCACAUUACGAACAAAGACAAGGGAGACUGAAAUGGUCAUUUCUGGCUCAUUAGCCGUCGUCAGCCAGUCAUACCCAACCCAGAAGUGAAGAGCAGCUGGUGCACGAUCCUGCGACCUGUUGGUUAGAAGUCCAACACCUCUAACCACUGAGCCAGAGGUUCGUUGUCCUGUCGGUUUCGAUCGGGAAUAUACAAUGGUAGAAGGGCGCUCACUAAUCGUUCUUACGGAACUCACUCGUUCUGUUGUGCCUUACGGGCUCUCUCUCUCGAGCUCAACCAGUAGCCGCACAGCGGCGCAUGAUAUAGGCAGAAUGGUAUUACCGACAAAGACUAGAGAGACUGAGCCCGUGGCUGAGCGUUUAGAGGCGUUGGACUUCUAACCAACAGGUCGCGGCAUCGAGCCCCAGGUGGUCCACGCUUCGGGGUUGGGUAUGACUUACUGACGACGGCUAAUAAGCCAAAAAUGGCCACUCCAGUCUCCCUUGUCUUUGUCGGUAAUGCUCUUCUGCCUAUCUCAUGCGCCGCUGUGCGGCUGCUGAUCGGGCUAGAGAGCGAGAGCCCUAAGGCGUAACGGGACGAGUGAGUCCCGUAACAAAAUCAGAACGAGUCAUUCUAGGAUUUACUACCGCGGGUUCCUCCAGGAGGCCGUCUACAGAAAAUGGAAGUCCCGCACUGCGUGGGACGCCGUCGGGUCUCACGCCUGACCUGACCUCCAAGAACCACUUUUUAAUCGUUCUUGUUCCCGAUGCAUUCUCGCCAAAAGUUUUCGAAUUCUGCUUGGAGUCCCCGUUGCCUAGACUUGAACUGAUAAAGUGCCAGAAGUCAAAAAGUACCCUCUAACAAAUCCAAUUACCGGGCAAAAAGUCAGCGUCGCAGUCAACAUCCUCUGUUUGUAAUUUCGAAAACAAAGAGAAGAACGGAGUCACGGAAAACGUCCAACAAAUUUUGUACCGGGGAAGGUUCUGGCAUCAAAGCAAGUUACCGCAAAAACAGUGCGAACUGUCAGGAUGGCCAUAUAAGCGACUCUAGAUUCCCACCGUGCUUCUUUCCCAGCUAGCCGCUUCAAAACUUUGAGAUUUACUUUCCACACCUUCUUAUUUUAGGGCCUCAACUUUCAACUCGCAGCCGUCCUCUUCUCCAUCGGUAUCUAUGCCUACAUUGAAUUUGGUCAGUUGUAGCCGUAGCCUGUUAUUCCGGUGUUGCUGACUUUGAGUCUAGCCUGGCAGUUUGCAUGCGGCCAUAAGCGUCACGUUCUGCACAAUGUAUCAUUGCUUUUUUUCAACUCACUCUGAUAUUUAAUCUAAACCAGGCGUUGAUCCAACAGGAUCUUACUGUCUCAUAGUAAAUAUUUUCUGCUGAGAUUCGAAUUAAUCUGGAGAUUGACGUUGUAUGGAGUGAACUCCACCGUGGCUUUUUGCUUUAUGCUUCUAAACACCGCCGUAAAGUGGCGCGGUCACACAAAGUACAACCCUGGAGUUGCGGGUAUCCGACCUGAAGCUGAAGCACUUACAGUGGAUCCCCUUCCCUACCGUUGAACCAGGGGAGGUUGCAUGUUGGGCAACUUCGUUCGUUCUAACUAUUUCAGGCGUAGUAGACCACCCUUCAGAACUCCUGGAGGAGAAUUUUAUUCGCACUUGUACCCACCAUCAGAGGAGGCAGCAACGGACAAGGUCAUUGCGCGUACAAGAGUGCGUUCCUGUGUAACCACACACCUGUCAACAUCAGCCUAUCUCACACUCAUUGCAAUGGUCGCAUUGGGUGCGAUGAUUAUUUGGUCGUCCGCAUACGGUUCGUUAAUUUCCACAACCUCAUCACUAUUGUUCGUUAUUGGCUGGUUGUUAUUACUUGGUGAUCUGGCUCACCAAUACCGUCACUGGUGGCAGUGCGUAACUAAUCGUUCUACCUUGGCAUAGUUUGUGAAUUAAACAUUGGGGGGGUUCAUUGCGCCCGUUGAUGGACUGCAGACCGGAGAACCAUGAAUUCAAGUGGCUUGCAGCCCACGUGGUUGUCAACUCUCACGAGAUUUUUAGCGCCGCCGAACCGUGACUCGAGAGUUAGCUUUAGUUAAGAAGAGGAAGAAGAAGAAGAAGAAGAAGAAGAAGAAGAAGAAGAAGAAGAAAGAAGAAGAAGAAGAAGAAGAAGAGAAGAAGAAGAAGAAGAAGAAGAAGAAGAAGAAGAAGAAGAAGAAGAAGAAGAAGAAGAAGAAGAAGAAGAAGAAGAAGAAGAAGAAGAAGAAGAAGAAGAAGAAGAAGAAAGAAGAAAGAAGAAAGAAGAAGAGGAAAAAGAGGGGUCUAGCACCAGAGCACUUUGUUUAUUGUCCUGAGCUUUCGAACUCGUGCACGAAUCCAUCGCCAGAGAUACUAGCAGCAACAGAACAAGUGACAGUUAUAGGGCGUGUAGGCCAAUCACCGGCCAACGGCGCAAGACUGGAGUUGACUGCGCAGGGAUCUGUGCGCCGGCGCCAGAUCGAUAAAUCGAUCGACUGAUUGACUGAGUUGGCUUCAUUCCACCACACUGUUUCGCCGUGUUUGGUCGUCUGUCUCCACAGUGAGCCUCCCGUUCCUCUGACACAAUAAAGGACCCCAGACGUUUCCUUGACUUGUCCUGCCGUCGGAAGUGGGUGCCAUGCUGCAUCCUCGGGUUCCAAAUCUUUUCACUAGUUCUUCGCUGGUCACAAGUGACCCCGAAUCAGUUUUCUAUUGUAAGACAUCCCUUUUAUCGUUAUUGAUUUCCCGUCAGGGGACUGAUUACAGCCAUUCGAUACUGAUCUUGCCCUUGCUCAGUAUUUAAUGAGACAGACUGGACAAACGAUUUGCAUAUCCCACUUACCGUUCUGCACUGUCGUCUACGUAGUCAGCAAUGCACGAUCUUGCGGUAGUUUUUUGCUGUUUCAUUGGUGCGUUUCUCCGUUGCGCGCGCACGGUGGCCGCCAACGACAAGCGCUCCGACUUCUUCAUUGGUUCCUACGACAGUUUGACCGUUCUUCCUGAUGAUGUCCAUGGUGUGCUCCACAUCAGGGUGAGAGCAGGGACGGUGGCUUGUGCGCGACUUCGCUCAUAGUGAUAGUGGACUUGUGCAGCAUCUACUGCACUCCCACAUCUUUCCCCACCCGGGCCCGGUGUCAAGACAGGGUCAAGAAGACCGGUGGCAGAAGAUGGCGCAGGUAACAGGCACAGCGAAAACCUGCACCCAAGUGUGCCACCACACCGGCUCGGAUUCCAUGCGAGUGGGUGAGCCAUGGAGGUCACAUUAACAAGCAGCUGUUGCAGCCUAACUCUCAGUCCACCAGUCCGCUACAGCACACAAACACACGCUAGGUUAUCCUCGAGGUCCGAGUUAUCUCGUCAAUUGGCAACCUUCUAAGCCGCGGUUUUUAGCUCACCGUGAUAGAUUUAAGCACAUCAGGUUGUUCAUAGUGGGGAAUAUGUGCUGGGACCAUCGACCUCACUUUCUCCUCCCACUCCCGGACACCAGUCCGCCGUUCCACCCGGUCAGCCAUCUGAUGUGGAGAUGGGACGCAAGUGGCUGGCGCGACGUGAGGCCCCCGCCUACGUUUGCUUACACACCCCUCUUGUUUGGGCAUUUGUUUUCGGAUGCGUGGACUCUGCACAGCAUGGCUAACGCGUCUCGUGCCCCAAUUUGGUUCCUCUUUUUGCCCAGCACAUCUGGGGCGUGGUCCGUUGGGGGAAGGAUUUAGGAACUACCACGUGUGUAACACGCAUUAAAUGCAUCCAACCCCAACAGCCACCGCUCCCAUUUCCAGUCGCUGUGAUGUUUUUCUAGCAUUGAAACGCGGCGGGUCUAAAAAGAGCACAGGGUAGAUGCAGUGCCCGUAACCGUUGCCUCCCUGACAACAGGACUCCACAUCAGCGUAGGUGGUUAAUCGGCUGUGUCGCGCUCAUAGCUUAUAUAUAUACAUAUAUAUCGUGUACUUUAGGGUAAUAGGCAAUUCUCUUGAUGACCCUAUUGAAAACGGUAUGCACAACACAAAUGUUAAAUGCACUUUACUAAAAGUUUGUCAGUAACAUAUUUGUUUACGGUAAACGUUUUUACAGUGCGGGACUACGAAGGGUGCGGCAGGCAGUCAUUCCAAUAUACAUAUGAAAUUUUAAGUGCAAUUAUAUACAAUCAGCAUAAAAUGCAGUCAUUUGCGUAGUUUGAGAGGGGAAAUUUCAUUAAACGUCAGGGGUGUGCACCGCAGAGCCGACUUUGACCUUCGGUCGCUCUGUAACAUGAAUACCUCUGUUCUUCCCCAAUCAUGAACUGAUGAUAUUGCUGAGCAGCUUUUGAAAGUUUUUUUAACAUUCACUACUUCUUUGCUUAAAUUUUCUGAGAAAGACUUUCCACCACUGUUAAGCACAGGGCAGUUUCUCCGUAGAGAUGAAUGUUUGCACAAUUUCAGCAGCGACUGUCCUACGUUUUGACACAUAAAGUUACCUAAAGCUUCACUUCAACUUUCAGUCUUCCGACAACGUUUGUCCGAAUUACUCAGCACAUGCACCGGAGCCCGGGCCUGUCCCUCGAAAUGCGGCCAUACACGAAAGGUAGGCUAACGAGUGGUCAUUUUCCGCCUUAGGAUUCUGUACUCAGUAGCGAAACUUGUCAAGGUGAUUACAACCCUUCUUGCCCCUAUCUCUGUCAUCAUUUUCCAGCGUCAGGAUGACGAGACAGCAGUCCGAUCCACCUUUAUCUCGAUUUCCAUGCUCGCUUUUUAGUUAAAUUCCUGAGGGGGACCCCUCUAUAGCCUCCCUAAAAGUGCUUCAAGUCGAAUGAGCCAUGAUUUUUGACGGCAAUAACCUCAAGACUGUAGACACCGUGAAGUCUUACUUCGCCCCCAGCUUUUAUUUGGCGAAAAUAAAACUGCGCUUAAAAUCGACAAGGUGACUGGAUUUUGCCAGGUCGUGCGAAAUUAUUAUUUAAUUUGUGCCGAUCUUACAGAGUGUCUAAGUGACUUAAUUAUGAAGAGAGGCAGAUUUCCAGGUUCUGCGCUUCUUACUGCCAACCCAGACUCGUCUUCGAUAUCUUUAGAAGCACAUUAUGUCUUAUUCUUUUCGUUCAUGUUGCCUCCUUCCUUUCGAUCCCGAAAAUUCAGCAGAAAUUUACCCUGAAUAACUAUUUCAUAAACCAUGAUCGACCGCCCAAGAAUGACAUAAUAUAACCGUUAGUUAAAGUACUUUCAUGAAAAAUGCUCUCACAAACUUACGAUACGUGACAUUGACGUUCCAUAUGCCCUUGCGGCAGGUAACGGUGAAAACGCGUUUUGUUAAAAUCUCCUGGCUACUAAUUUUUUUACAUACCAACUUUGUAUGAUUUUCAACGAACUGUUUUUCAAACUUCUUUAAGAAUAUUUAAUCUCUAUGACGUACAUGGAAAGCUAUCGAAAGAGUUCAUCUUGAGUACUUACGGCUGCCGACAUGAUGAAUCCAUGAUCGUAGUAACGCUUUUCGAUGAAAAGGAACCAUUUCAUUGUUCAUACAUUGAAGUAGGGCUAUGCUAAGUGCGCGGCGCAUUAAAAAUCGCGCAAAUACCACUUCAUACCUCAUUACCCCCUGCUAGUGUCAUUAAUCACAUAUGGUUUGAGAAAUACCACCGAUAAAGAUCGAUUUUUCAUGGUUUAUUUGCUGCCGUCCGUUAAGCCUACUUUAACUUCAGCCAGGAGACAUCUGAGAGCUUAACCCGAGUCUAGUUGUUCAAUGCGCAUUACGCCCCACCCGCUGAGGCGCGAACUCACGCUCUCUAGUCUGUGUCUGGAAAUUUUAAAAUUCACGUGAGAGUGAUGUCCACCAAUGUGAACACUGUCACGCGGUCUGUACACCCCAUCCAAACGCCGAAUUAAGGACUAGAAAUCCAAAUUCGGUAAGAUACACCUAUGAAUUGUUCCCGUUUCGCCUUUUUUAUGUUUGUCAUUCGAGUAUUUGGGAUUUAUAACUUCCUUCGGGGAGCUUUAUGACUGGGUUUAGGUUAGACUGGUGGACGAGGUGUGGGUUAGAUUUGCUGCUACGUCCAGAGCAAACUUUAGGCUUGGCCCAUAUCCUAACCUUGGUCGCCUAAGCCUUUCCCUAACACCAAUCCUAUCGGUAAAUCUAGCCCUAAGAUCGAUCCUAUCCGUAAUUCUAUUUGAAUUUUGAGCUUGGUUCAUAUACUCGAUUUUUUUCGUACUUUCUACCAGCCUUAUUGGACUGCAGUGUUCCAGGACUGUUGUUUUGCAUAUUUUAGAACGGUCUCCUUGUUCGUCUUAUCAACCUUGCCUUCUCCGUGCUGGCGAUCUUCCACUUGGCGUAUCUUGCGGUUAUGUUUGACACUAGUGAAGAACAGGCCAGGGUCAGUUUUGGGAAACAUUUUUUCCGAUUUCCAUCGUUCGUCAAUGUCAUCAGUAGCCGGUAGCGACAAGAUAAAAGCCCCUUAGAAGAACAAAGUUCGGCUUCUCCACUUACUGUUAUCCUCAGUGUUCCUCUAAUCGUAUAAUAUGCACAUUACAACCGCAUGUUCGCAGUUCAGUUAGUUCAUUUUUGGGUAAGAUGUGGUUUGGCAGCCCCACCUGAUGGACACAAUACUUUUGGGGUUAAGGGUUAAGGUUAGUGGUUAGGGUUAGGGGUUAGCGCAACUACUUCUCAACCAUCCAAAGUACAACCGUACAUUCCCAAUAGCUUUUCUUUUGCAUACAACUACUCAACCUCGUCGCCUGUGCGUUCCCCGGUCCCGCCUGUAAGAACCCCUAUUACCACCGGUCCCGUUUUGUUUGGGGUUUGUUUACUUCAGCUGGGACUGCAUAACCACAUCCGACCCAUUUUUGUUAUAGAGCUAUCUGACCUUCCACGACAGUCUUUUCUUUAUAACCAAUUUCAAUGGGUUUUAAGCCCUAUUUGCUUUUACAACUUUUCUUUGACUAACACUUCUAUGCAGGUCAUUAUAUGGCAAAGAAUAAUCACGUUACUUUUGACCUGAAGUCCUUUCCUAGUAUACACACGGAGGCGAACCCUUAACCCUCCGCCGUCCACGUCAGUUAUUUUCGUAACAGUUCGUGAAAAUGCUGUAUUCAUGCUUUAUGCCAAAUAAGGAAGGCAGUUCUCAGUUCUUUUAAAAUGUAACCAUAAGUAAGCGCCAACCAGUUAAACUCACUGAUUUUAGAAUUGGCAGUUGCUUUUGUUGAAAUCGUAAUCCUAGAGUUUGACUUAGUCUUUGACAGAAAGCAUGGUUGAAAGUUGGCACAGAAUUCAACAAAAGCCAAAAAGUAGGGGCACUUAUCCAUCAGACAACUAGUUGAUCGAAGAAUAAGUGUGUAGUUAUAACCGAUUUGAAGCUGUUCUGUCUAAAAUCACCUCACACACGUAGCAACUCCUGCUAGUUGUCGACGCAUUUGCUGGACAGCAAUCGUAAGGUCAUUUGUGCAUCUACAUGUGUUAGGCAUUUCGAAUCAACUUUAGGCUCUUCGAGCAUGUUGUCUUUCAGUGUUUGUACAACUGAAGUGUACCUUUCACCUUGUUGAUAACGAUGUCAGCGUCUACUGCCUAUUUUUUUAGUAGAUAUUAAUUUAUAGCUGGUUGUGGUUGGACUUUAUCUCGCCGAACUUUCCCCUGAACUCACCUGCCUCGUUUUUUUCCCUUUCAGGGUUACAAUAUGUUCCAUGUGUUCUCAAAAUGGUCACAGUUGCAUUUCAUGAGCCAUAUUGUGGCAAUUCUCACUUAUCUCGCCUACAUCUUCAUCAGGUAAUGAGCAGUCAGCAGCAGCAUCUUCCCUUGUGACGUCAAGGUCUCAUUUUAUUCAUCAGUUGUCUUCUAAUAAAAAUUCCCUUCCUGCAUUUCACUCCCCUGUUCAGACAACGCGCAUUGAUCGGAUUUAUUUUUUGAGUAUCAUUCGCAGCAUAUUCUUUGUUUGCGGGCUAAAUGCUUCCAAACCGGGUCAUUAGUAAAAUUGGACAGAUUUUUUUACUUUUUUUCUGGAAAUUACUACUCAUACGUGCCAUAAAAAUAAUGGAUAACAGCAACUCAACCAUGGCCUGUUUAAGGCGACCAUGGUUGCCCUGUUGGUUUGAGGACCGUUAUCAGCCUUAUCGUGGAAAUGCGAUUCCCAGUUAAUAUCAUGCAAUGAUGUGAGCAAAAGUCAUCAUUUAGUAUUUCACAGACGGUUACAGUUAGAUAUCGUCAGAACUUCAGCUCACCACCUUGCGCUGUUUUCUAAAUCCCCGGGUUUCACCGAUUUAGUUCAAUUGUGUUCUGCAGAUGUGUCUGCUCGUCAGUCUUGUUUCCGGCCCUAUCCGGUGAGUGGUUUAUUUUGGGUAAAUCGUCAGUCAAAACUACGAAAUGAGCGGACAUGCAGUUGUCAAAUUAAUAAUCGCUGGCCAUGAGCGCGUAUAGCUGAGAACCGGCACACCAUAUGUUCUAUAAAACGCGAUAACGGCAGUGGUAAUGUGACUGUGAAUCACUAUAAAUAGAAUAUAUUUCUGUUGAUUUCAAGGGGGCAAAACGCUCGAGGGAGCACUCACGAACAGGCUGUUAUGGCUCCGCCCCCAGAACAAUGCUCCAAAUACACCUUAUUGCCUUCGAUAACCAAAACAUUUAGCAAAGGAAUGUUGCCGAUAGGAACAAUGCGGUCUGGAGCGAUCAUACCGUUUUAUUCUUGGCAGAAAUGUGUCCAUGCCUCACAAUCAAAAACCUGAUAUUGAAACCUGGGUGGGCUGGUCUUGGAGCACUUGAGUCAAAAGCCCUAUUAGUCGGCCAUGCCCCGUAGGGAAGUCCCAGAUCGAAAUUUGUCCAAGCUGGAUUUAAAAGACAAUUUUUGUUUUAGCUGACAGCUCAUGAACCUUGUGACACCUCUACAAAACGGUCGAAAAAUCAAUGUGGUGUCCAGUUCGCGUAUCUUAAGCAGGAGAGAUUAAGUGUGCGUAGAGCAAGUAGCUGAGCAUUGUCUUGUGUGCGAAAGAGGCUGCAGGAAAAGCUUGGGCCUCACGUAGGGUGAUGCCAUCAACGGUGAUCAGAAGGAUAAUCUGUGGUUUUGGGUCGGAAACAGCCUUGUCGUCGGCGGAACCGGCUUUGCGUUGACGGAUGCCGAGUGUUUGCGAUGGUCUCUGGCAGGGCAUCAGUCACCUCCCUCCGCAUUUUACCGGGGUGUCGUGUGUCUGAAGUUAACUGAGAGGCACAGUGCAGUUGAUGGAUCUCGUGUUGUUUGAGCUUGUCAAAGUAGUGCCGUAAAGCGAAAGUCAGGAACUUGCUAUUCGUGAGAAUGAAGGACUCCCAGCCUUCCAUUUGAUGAUAGAAACUCUUCAGAGCGAGGUAGACGGCCAUUAGUAUAACCCCAAAUGUGCUGCAGUUCGUCUUUAUAUUUUCCACCAUCUUACAAGGGAAAGUCGGAGGUCUAUGCAAACUCACGCGAAGACUACGCUCCCGCAAUAGCAGCAAAAUUCAAAACAUCGACAUAAUGGGGCGCGUCGUCGUCAAGUUAGGUCUGAAUGGGGCCGUCAUCAAAGGCAGCUUACACCUUCUCACAGGCAGUGAUGUCAUUUUAAGGGAGCUUAAGCAGACCCAGGAGAUGUUUUAUGAGACAGGCUGACGUUGUCAUGCUUCGGGAGGAAUGCCCCUAUCGAGUAAUCGUUGAAUUCGGCGUGUGUUUUGGAUGGCGCCUAGUUUCUAGUAGCCACCAUUUUGAGAGGAAGGGAGUGUAUUACGAUUGAGUCGACCAUGUGACCCAGCAACUUGAAAGGGACCGGACCGAGGCGCCGUGAAGGAUUCACGAGGACGGAUAGCGCCUCGCCAUCGUUGAUGCACCUGCGAUAUCGUGUUUUACAUACCAUGAAUACGUCUUGAGUGAGUAAAGAAUCCUGAAAAAUAUGGUUCUAACAAAUAAGGCACUAGCAGAGUCCUGGGAUGAGGGACGGGCCAUCAGUCGGUUUGGUGUCGCCAUUCGGUUAUCGUUAACUGUCCCAUGGUCACCAUUAGCUGCCUCGUGAAGUAUGCGAAUAACACUUCGAAGCCUUUUAACUGCGCUGUGAUCACUGUCGGAGCAUGAGUUCCAUCCCGUCCUUGACUGCAUUCCGAUGUACAGGGACGAGACCACAAAGCCAGAAGGAGAGUGGGGAAAUGCUGGUCCAGAAAUACUUGAACGCAAUUUUUGGUAGAGGUUCGACGAUCAAACAAGGGAUUAGUUCGGUCUGGGUGUUUGGCGAGGAGCUGUAGAUACUGAUACACUGGUUCAGUAUCCACGACGGUAAUUUGUCUUGGCACCUCGUAGGAAGGAAUGUUUCUGACGGAAAGUAUAAUAAUCUUAUUGUGACAGCGCGUUAGUCGGCUGCCUACCUGGGGAUCGGAGGGGACAAGAGUUUCUGUGCCAAAGAUGUCACCGAGGGCUUCGCGGACUACAAAGAUUCGUAGCAAGAGAUGACUCAUGGAGCUAGAGUGAGGACCAUGUAUGUAUGGUGAGGGGGAUAACUGACGACCCCCAGGAAAAAGCCGGACUUUCCGUAGCGGCAGUCUGCUGGUCUGGAAUAAAUUACGCGAAUCUUGGUACCUGUGCCAAUGGGAGCUCAUACAAUGUGUGACCGGUGGUUAUUGUGGCCAGAUAGUUCGAUUGCUUUGACUGUCUGGUCGGCCGUUCCUUAUUAUUCCCCGGCUUCCAGGUAAGUUUACAUGUAGAUGGCGACCAUGUUUGUCCUUAAAGUAAAUGUUACAUUAAUAAAGUAUGGCUGUUCUGGUGCAAUGUGUGUGAAACUUGACCCGAUAGGUAAGUGGACUGAAAUACUACCUGCGUGAGGAGUUGGCGUCCUGUGGAGAAUCGAUACCGUGGGAUAGCUUCAUUUUCUGUAAAUUCGGCGGCGUAAAAUGAGAAAACCUCCUGAUGAAAGUGCGGGCAACAGAGUGCCGAGUUAGAUCAUAUUCUGUACCGGUCAGCGGCAGCCGAGAGUUGGCAUGCCAAGAUCGAGUCGGUAAUGCUGUUCAGGUGGCAUGAGUUAUCGGAUUUACGCACCAUAACAAGUGCCAACACUUCGGGGUUGCGGUGGCAAAGUCAGUUGCCGACGUACGUCGCGCACAUUGAGGCCCUGCCGCCCCUCCCAUCUUUGUUGUGGGUUAAAAUUCUGGUCAUUUGCUGUGUGCACCCGGGGACAUGGAGUGGGGCUCGAAGGUGCAGGCUCACCUGUGCCAUCCACCAGCUCCCAUCCCCGCCUCCGGUCUUCUUGACUAUGUCUUGACACCGCAUCCGGAUGGGAGAGGAGGGGAAAGUGCGGUAAAUGUCGCGCAAGUCUGCAUUCACUGUAAAUUAAAUCACACGAAAGUUACCGCGUCUGCUUCACCUUGUUAUGGAGCACAUGGUGGACAUCGUCGGCAACGACGGUUGAACUAUGAGUGAAAGAUUAUGAACAUUUAUUACCUGCACUCCCCGUUGGUUGGGAGAAGAGUGAAAGUUCAAUGACUCAAUUUCUGUUUCAUGAGUUGCAUGAUAAUAGAAAGUUUCCAAAUUUAAAUUUGAGGUGGCUGGACUUAAAUGAAUCAUUUAUUAUGACAGAGAACACACAAACUUUUUAACGGCACAUGCGGCCGGAAGCACGCCAUCGACAAUGUCUUGAGGCCGACUUGACUUUCGGGUGCUGGCCCUUAGCACAUGAAUUUUACGGGGGUUAACAGUUGGUCAUUUUAAAAGCUCAGGAAGGAUUUCGGGGCACAGCUACCCUUGGGGCGCUCGGAUACUGUUUGUCGAAUACUGCGGUCAAGUCGCACUCGUAAAGGUUCUACUUUAUUCAUAUCUAAGCUUUCAAGACACGUUCUGUAAAAUUCUAAACUAAUAGCAUACUUAUUGGGAGUCACAAAGUGGCUUUCAGUAGGCCUUCAGUAUGUUGUCAAACGUGAUAUGCAGAGUGUUUGAAACCCCUAUUCCUAACAUGCUGGUGUGUUAUUGCUAACUAUACACAGAUUUUGAAUAAAUGAGCACUUUAUAAAUUCCAUAUUCGUCAUUUAUAUAGUUUUGUUCUAUAAAUAGAUUUCACUUUGAUUUGAUUAACAUUCUGUCUUUAUUUCCUGCUAAGUUUGCAGGACAACAAAAGGGACAUGUGUGAUCAUCCAUAUGUCUCAUGAAGAGAUACAUAGAGCUUGCGUACACAUCUGUUUCGGGAAGAUUAUUCCACCAUUGUACCACCAGUUAUGUGAAAAAUUUGGACCUAUUUAGGCAUUUUCAGGUGCCAUUUUAUCGAGUGUCCAGGAGUUUGAGGCCAAAGAUAAUGGCGAAACAUAUUGUCAAAACGCAGCCCUUGUUCAGAAAAUACCGUCCUCUCAUAGUCUUAGGUACAAAAAGAAUGGGUUGAAGAAAUUCAGUCUUUCUGGAUGAGAUCAAUGUCUAGAAACUCUAAAAGGCUUCAUCGCUCGAUUCCUUGCUUUUUAAAAAUUUUAUUUGUCUGUAAUAUCCGGGUUACCUAACAGUUUAGCUUCGUAUAUAUCAGCGUCAUUGGAAGGCGGUAGACGUUGGUCGUCGACGGCGAUAACCUUAGACAUUUCCACCACUGAGUCUUCGUUCAUGAGGUUCGAAUACAUACAAACACGAAGAUUCGAACAUGCCAUAUUAUAAUCAACUCGUUAGCGACUGGACUUCAAUUAAAAAGAUGUCUGAAGAGGGGAUCGAAUCAUAAGUUACUCAGCUGGGGGAAACCGAGAAGAAAGUCGGAAAUUGAAGAGAAGUCUUCCUCCAGUCUAUUCCACCUCUGAUCGAGGGGUCGGGCCGCACAAUUCCUCUUUUAAGGUAUCCGACUUUUGCUCCGUCACUUUCGCUUCAAAGGGACUGAAAUGCCGCUAGGGAGACUUUAACAAAAAAUUAAAACAAACCUAAUUAAAAGCGCUUGUACUUUACAUGUCCUUUUCGAGUCAUGAUUUUCAUGACUGCGUGGUAUAGACUAAAUGAAAGCUUAAGGUCAUGCCGUCAAAGUCCCUGACGGGAUUAAAUUCCGCUGUGAUUAAACUGUCUCAGCACUUGAUUAAAUUUUCAAAACACAUUUUUUACGGCAAUGGUUUAAUAAAGGGUUGUAGAUGUAGGGCUGAGGGAACGACAUAAAUUUUAGUGAACAAACUGUGCAAAAACUAGAAAUUUAUUGCCCCUGUAGCGGCCGAAGGUGUUAAGGCUGACAUACACACGGAUAGGUGAACACCUGCGGUCGUUCCCCAGUCCGCCGAAAUACUGAACAGAGGUGUAAGCGGCAUUCCGAAUGUUCAUAUUCAGAGGGUGUAAGAACAUGUAGAUGAAAUGUAUUAAAACUAUAUUACAUGAACAACCGCGUAAUUGUGGAAUAAAAGUACAGUAUAAUAUAAGAGGAGGAAGUGCUACAUGGGCAGUAGUCACAUCUGGAGGGGGCGUCCCGUCUUGUCUGUUAGAUCGCCGGUGGGAAGUGCAGCGCUGGAGUCGACUGCAAGGGAGGGGCGUGGGAAUUAUAACAGUGGGUGAGAGAAAACGGACGAUGUGAGUCUACUAUAGCUGUGGAAACGAGGAUCAGCAAAUCUGAAUGUAAAGGGCACCGGCAUAUUCACUGACACUCCAUCACAUCGUCCCCAUCCUGGGUCUGAGCCUAAGCGAGAUACUUCAUUUCACUUAAACCACACGUUCAGCCUCGUGGUCCGUUAUACCACGCUGACAUUUUUCAGUACAUCAACCACAUGCGCAAAUGAACUUGAAUCAGAAAAGGAGUCUAUGGGAGGACAGUUUUAGUCUAUCGUCACUAACCAGAUGGACCAGUCACCGAAGGGUUCCAACCUGUUCACUAAUGAGACCCGGAAAACAAAGGCGGAAUUAUUUUAUAUCCGGUGUCCUAACGGAAGACGAACAUGGGAGUAUGGCAGCAGUGUUGUUGUUUGAGUGAAAUUUUGGCACACAUCCCAAUGGACGCUUUGAGAGGGGACAAAAUUCAAUAGGCUUAGGUAGAAGAUAAGAAUGCGUAUAUCAGUUGCACCUGGACAGACAGUUAUAAAGUUGUAGGGACCUCCUCCUCCCAUUUUGCCUUAGGGCCCAAUGUAGAGUCCUCAUAGACAGUCGCAUUACGACCAGGUAUAUAUACUGUAACGGAUCCGGCAGAGACACGGGAGGUCAGAAUUGCCGUUUUGGUAUUUUAGCCGUCGUCAGCCAGCCAUAUCCAGAACCAGGUUUUGUAGGAACCAUGGACUCGAACACGGGAUUUUUGGUCGUCGAAUUCAGCUGUCUACACCCGAACCACGGGUCCGUUGUCCUGUCGGCUGCGACCGGGUAUAUUAAUAACCGUAGGAGGGACGUUGGCAAAUCGUGUUACGUGACCCGCUUGUCCCGUUUUCCUUGAAGCUCAUUGUACAGCCGUACUUUCGGACAGCGCGCAGCUGAGAAUGCAUGACCAUACUGAAGUUCAUAAUAAGGCAAGAUGAAGGAAGCAUGAGCACAAAGGCCCUCCCAAGUUCCUAUCCUCGUGGCCUCGCCUGGCUUUCACGCGAUUGUUUUUCAGAAUUUACGAGUAGGCCAAACCAAGUGUUUUCUUGCUCAGCUAAGUGAGUUUUAAUUGGGGGCGUAACGAAGAGCACAUGAACUCAGCGACCCACAUACUCCAGUAGAUAAAUCGACAGGAAUUACAUAACUUAUGGGUCAUCAGGUGACCGAUUGUAAUUUGCAUGUUUCCAGGGCCCUAAGACAUUCGAUUUCGAGUACGGCAAAACAUGUUUAAUUACGUAAAGAUACGAUGAACCGGCAACUCGGAGAUUCCCAAAUCAGUGGUAAUAAUAAUAAUAAUAGUUUAAUUUUGGACGCCCAGAGUACACUAUCAGAACAAAAUUAACACUCAGUUAAUUGGUAAAUUACGGACAAUGUAGGGGGUAAUGUACUGUGUGAGCGGCCAGCUGUACAGUAGCAUUUAGAAAUUAGGGUACGUAAAGUAGACAACGUUUACCACGUCCACCGGUGGUUCGUGCCUUCGCACGCAAUACUCCUGAUGAUAAUAAUAUCGACAAAUCCUAAGUCGGAAGUUUUUAGGAAGAGUGGUGAACUAUGAAGGAGGCAAUGGUAAAAGUGAGCGGCCAGUUCAGGGAACCUUUACUUUCAGAAAAUCAUUAUAGAGAGAAAACUGCUUCACAAGGGGAUAUAGAGAAGCAGGGUAGGUUUAGGAUGAGACUAUAAAUGCAAAUCGGCAAAUGUGAACGGAGUAUCAUUGUAGUGCCCCCAGGGUGCUAGAUAUUUGCAGACCCAGAGCGUGACCGAGAAUGAAGUUGAGUCUUCGAUAUUCCAGUGGCCAGAACGAAAUGCCGAUGGGUGUUAGCGGCGAACGAAAUAUAGGCGGUUUAGAGCGUGCGCGUCUUUGUAACUCCGAAAGCAGCCAGGGUUCAUGAUGGCAGCGACAACGUAGUAAUGGCAAACUCAAAACAAACUAAACCAAGCAUUCCCGAAUGUUACAAACUUAGAUUUCGAUACGUCUCAAGAGGUUACGGCAAUAACAGGAACGUGGCUGUCACAGAAUCUCAGUGAUUGUGAAUUAGCACUAUCCGGACACGAAUUGUUUGGGAGAGACAUGAAGGACCACCAGGGCUGAACAGUCGUCAUGUACGUGAGGAGCAACUUAACAGUGUGUGAGGGGACCAAAAAGAUUUCCGACGACACAGAGGCCAUUUGGCCGACUAUAAAGACACAGAGGUCACGGUCCCUCAAAGCCAUGACUAUCUACCUGCCACCGCGGACGGAUGUUGACGCAGAUACUUGUCUGCCGGAGACCAUAAAAUAGAUCGGCAGUCGACCCGACGUUGUCCUCGUGGGAAUCUUUACUGCACUCUGCAUUCAGUGGGGCGACAUGCAUGCGAAGGACUCAAAAUGAACCUUCGAUCAUUGCCUUCUUAAAGACAGCGUUUGAAGCUCUUCUCACACAGCAUGUUAUGGUUCCAGUUAGAUUCCGCGGAGGUUAACAGACUAGUUGUUCUGGCUGUAUCUUUACCAAAGAUCCUGACAGUAUAGACGAGGAAUACUACCUAUCUCUCCUCGGUUGAAGUGAUUAUGCAGUACUUUAAUAGGAGUACGGACUAUAUUUUUUACCAUAUGCAAUCAGAGAAACGGGGUCGUAUAUAUGCGGGGAGACUUUUGCGAAAUGAGAAGUGAGGCAUCACAAUUAGACUGGGAUGCACUCUUUUCCGGGAACGUCAUUGAAGACUGGAAUCUAGUUAAGGGUUAGUCGUUGCAUUUAAUGAAAGUCCAAUGCCCUUAAUCAAAGACUAGGACAUCCAACCGACUUCAGUGGCUAACACGAGAUCUCAAAAGGCAGAUCAACAGGAGAGGAAGGCUGUGGAAGGAGUUCUGCGGAAGCAACGAAAAGGCCGCCUUUUCAAAAUAUAAAGUCCAAAGCAACUUGAGGUGGGUUUGAUUUUUAAAAGACGGCGAGAAUUUGAGGGCAAUUUGUUCCGCCGAGCCGUUGAAAACCCACAAUUUCUCAAAACCUACUUGCAAAAGAGCAUAAGUAACAGCAAUCCGAUUCCUGUCAUUAAGAAUGAUGACAGUUUCAGGAUAGCUGACAGCACAAACAUGGCUGAAUAUUCUUCCUAGUUUUUAUAGUCUGUCUUCGCAAGAGCAACAGUUUAUAUUCCACCUAACCAUAAAAGCAUUGGGAGUCAGUCAUUGCAAAUAUUAUGUUUCGAAAAGAAGCGAGUUUCGAAGAACUGAAAACUUGAGGGAAUGCAAAACUCCCGGUCCAGAUGAGGUUCCGGGAAAGCUGCUCUUUGAACUUGCCAGACAGCUGACUCAACUGCUGUCCUUUCUAUUCGAGCAGUCGUUUGAUAUUGAAAUUCUUUACACGGAUUGGACAACAGUCCACAUUACACCGCUUCACAAAGGCGGUAGUCGUGCUCUUGCCACGCACCAAAGACCCGUUAGCUUGUCAUCAAUCUGCUGCAAAGCCAUGGAAAAGACGUACAAAAAGAGUUGAUGACUUAUGUAAAAACCGAAAACCUCUUCUCCAAUAUACAACACGGCUUUCGUAGGGAAAGAUCGUGUGUAACGAACUUACUUUAUAUGAUGCAAAGCUGGACAAAAAGCAUUAGAUGGAAAACACUCUGUGCCCGUCGCCAACAUUGACUGGCGGAGGGCCUUUGACAGUGUUCCGCAACAAUGUCUCCUUUACAAGUCGAGAGUGAUGAGCAAAUUCCUAAACGGAUCGAGAAUUUUCCCGUCGGUCGUUCGCAAGGGCGCAAAGACAGUGAGAGCGCACAGUCAAAAAGCGUGGGGUCCCGCAAAUCUCAAUGCUCGGACCGACCCUCUUUCUCUUGUUCAUUAGUGAUUAUGCACAGGAGUUGGACCGUGAUUUUUUCAUGUUUGCAGAUCAUAUGAAAAUCUGGAAAAUUAUGCACAAUAUGCUGCCGACGAGACCAAUUCCUAAGAAAAUCUUCGUCGAUUGGACGAGUGGGCCCUCAGAUGGCCUCUGUCCUCCAAUUUGAACAAAUGUACCGUGUAUCGUCUUGGAAAUCGAAAUCCGGUCUCUAAUAUGCGGCCUUACUAUAUGAACGGAACGCCACUACGAGAAGCAGAUAGGCACAAAGAGCUUGGAGUUUGGAUAAAAGACACUCUAAAGCCUCCAGCCCAGUGUUGAAGGGCGGUUAAAGCCACAGCUUCAAUGCCGUAAGCUGCCAAGCGGGUAUAUAUAGUUUUGGAUGAGGAAUGGCUCUUAAUAGGUCAUCCGCGGGUUUAAAAGGCCGGAUCUUAAAAAUACGAUUCAGGCCUGGAAGUCCUGAACGCAGCAGAAUAGCAAUGCACUCGAAGGGCUGCAUAGGCGAGGGCGUGAGGGAUAAUGAGGUGGAAUAGCGACGUCACGAGUAAUUGUCAGUAACGCUGGUCAGAAGAACAUCCACGUGCUGGAGACCGCUAGAUGCCUCAUCACCAGGACAAAUGAGCCGUCAUGGCUCAGCUGUCAUGACAGUAAUCUUGACCUCAAUGGGGAUUUGAAGAGCGAAGAGACAAGGCUUAUACAGUGCGUCACCCACCCCACUCUUCAGGCCGCAAACGUGACAGAUGUUGGUGGUGAAUUGUGAGGUGUCGUCCGGGUGGAAAAUUUUUGUCGGAUUACACAUUUCGGAGUGGAAUCGAAGGACUUGUUUUAACAGCUCGUCGUCCAUUAAAGUAGUGAAGUCACUUUCUCCCAUGAAGUGGCGAGAAUACUUCACAGUCAAGAAGAUAGGGAGCAGUCCACGACCAAAUAUACGACAACGUGUCUCAGCCCGCAAGAGUUUCUUGAAGAAGAAACCAGUGACCGAGCCGGACCAACAAGUUUUUUUUAAAGUAGGACGCCUACGGCUGCGGUUGAGAGUAGUGGCAUUGUUCAGUGCACAGUAUUCGCUACCGAAUCUUCGGUCUUCAGACGUAGCCUAGGACUCCAUGUGCAAAGAGGACGUCCAGGUACUUUCGGGUGGUCGUACGACUCCUAGUUGCGGUAUGUGUCCAAACUUUAGCUUUGCGCCUACAGGUGAACCGGUGCUAGUAGUCUAGGCUGAGCGAACACAGGAGGGCCUGUGGUGCAAAUGUGGUGCACUGUACCAUGCUGAACUUCACAACUGUGAACAUAAUGCAGCGAAAUGUUGGGGCGUUUGGGAAGAAGCUGUGGAUAGGCGCAAGCAAUACAUGUAUCCAGAAAAGAUAAGCCGCAUGAUGUUGUUAGGGGAGUCAAGCUGUGCACAGAUAGGCCAUUUGUACGGUCGAGCUGUCAGGCACGUCAGCAGUCCACUAGGAGAUUAUACUCAGCUAGAGCAUUCCAGUUGAUCAUUAUAUUUGGAAUACCAGCAAGCCCAAAGAUCCAGGACAACGAAGGACGAAGGCCCAUGUACAAAGUAAAGGAAAGGCUGCCAAAUGUGGGAAUGAGAGAAAAGCUGACAGCUUAAAAGUGGAGACAAGGCUCGGGUCGGAGUUGGAGGGACCACGCUGAUAGAGGUUUCAGCUUUAAUAAGUAAACGCCCGCGAGUAAGCCUGUCACCGGCGUAAAAGGUAUGACUAGAUCGAGAGGAGAAAGAGAGAAUGGUUGCACUGGCCUUUAGUCUGACCCCUUUUAGUCGUUGACUGUGUUUGGAAUCGAAAGGGCAAGGAAGAUAUAGUUGCCGACUUUAGCACCAGAUGUGAUAUGACACAAGCAGGUGGCCACUGUGCUGGGUCGAGAUAAAGAAGUAUGCCAUACCUUCUUGGUUGGAUAGCCUUGAUGUUCUCCAUGAUUAAAGGGAGGCUGUCUGCUGUCGAGGGAGAUUCGCCAUCUCUGACCUUACGUUCCAGAAAGAUGACCUAGGAGAAUCUGAGGGAGUGACAAUUCGCGUCGUGCACAUCUAAUAGCAGAUUGUUCAUCUGAGCUGGCCGCGCUUCCCCAAGAAUGCCAGAGUCCGGUGCCAAGAGUUGAUCCACUUCUGCUGAAAAAAAAAACAUCCACCGUAAACGCUUGACGAUGACGGAAACUAGGAAUAGGGAGACUGGUGUUCGGAAACGGUCAGCACAUAUGAAAGUCCCAUGAGUUGACAAAUUGGAAAUUCUUAAAUCAGUAGGCAGUGAUGACCGGAAUAUAUAACAACCUCUGCUGAAUCAAGAACGCCUACCCGCGGCUCAGCAGGCAGAGAGAAUGAGAGAGCAAUUGUCCUCACCAGCAGAGCGCUAGCCAUUUAAGGUUGUUAGUUCCGGCACAAAAUGCAUGCGUCUUAGAUUCAUCCGGCUGCUGCCAGUGAACGAGGAAAAAAAUUCCGAUCGAAUUAAUGGUGUCGAUGGUUCAAAAGCAUGUUCACACGCACGACUGACUGGUGUGCCAGGUGAACUGAAGGCGACAUCGAUAAGUGAGACGUUGACGACCACGAGAACUGACCGCCGCCGUCGUUUUUUCUCCUUUACAAACUUUCUAGGUCAAUAUUAGCAGCAAUCACAGGAAAAAGUGUCCCCCUUCGCUAGUUUCGUUUAAGAAAUACCACACUUCUACCAAAGGACGUUGACUGUCUUUGUAAUUUUGUGCAAACUUAUUCUUUCGUGGAAAGUAAAAAUUUCUAUAACGAAAGAUGUCAGGAGCUGGAGACAAUUCUGAAUACACUUCCAUUAGUGGAACUUCUCAAAAUCAAAGUUUAAUUGCUGAGUCCUCUCAGGGAUUGUUUGGAAAUCCCAAUUCCUCAUACAAUAUUUCGAUAAGUCUCCGUAUAAAACUCCACAUAGGGCUCUGGACGAGUUUGUUUCGCGUAUCGAAUGGAAUGGUGACUGUCUUUAAUUCGACACCAUUAAUUUGAUAAUUAAAGACUGCUGUAAAAGCCAUCAGUUAAUUAGCUCUUACACAAUGGCAACCUCAGAACAUAUUUUAGCAGAAUUUUCAUGAUCUGAAAGCAAAAAUUGUUUCAUAAGCGCAACCGUAACACUUUAGGAUAUUUAGAUUAAGAAGUUAACGCGUUGUCGAGUAAAAAACAUGCUUACUUAUUCCCAAUUCCCCAUAAACGAAUAGUUUGAAAAAUUCUGACUUUUCUGAACGUAGAAACGACUGUUUGCCGGUCAUUUAAAAGCGUUAUACCGGAAAUACGGGCUGCCCAUUAGCCUAGCUCCUGGCUACGCGGCGCGUCCACAAAUGGCGGAUAAUGACACAACCCUCAGUGAAGGUUAACUGAGAAAUUAGCAGACCCAGGUCUGACGUAUAAGCAGUCGCGGACCAGCAGCGACAUCGCAGCCAGGGUACGGUGGGCUAAGGUCUGACAUGCUCAAAGCCUUAUUAAAAGCCGCAAAGCCCAAUGACAGCAUUGUGACAUGGCGACCGCAAACCGCGUUGAAAUAAGUUGUCUUGUCACCGCUGCCUUGGGGUUAGGUUUUUAAGCCAAAGCGCUAGAGGAGACAACUUUGAACAAACGAUCCCAGCGGCUGUUAGGGCCCCACCCGUAUUCGCAUUUUCCAAGAAAACUCAUUAAAUACGUCCGAUCACAGCAUUACGACCCAUGCUACCGCGUCCGCUGGAACCGACGCGCUCCGCAACCCUGGUCCAGUGGUGCGGACGAAUAGUAUGCGAGCUGGACUACACAAUCGGGGACAGAUUCUUCGUAUUGGAUGCUGGAAUGUGCGAACGUUUCUGGGCCCCGGUACCCAAAGGCUGACCGCGCGCAGUCUUGAGCAGUACAACGUGGAUGUCUGCUGUCUGUCUGAAGUUCGACUUCCUGAUCCAGGCUCUCGCAAAAUAAAGAUCCCUGGAGUCGAAUCACACUCCACCAUGUACCACAGCGGCCCGCGCGCCUCUUCCGGUCGACAAGGUGUGGCAAUCGCCGUAUCGCAACAAGCGUACCUCCUCCUACUUGCUUGGGAACCAGUCAAUGACCGGAUGGUCUACGUGCGACUGAAGGGUCACAUCACGAACAUCUCAAUCGUCUCUGUGUACGCACCAACUUCGGCUGCCGAACAGCGCGAUAAAGAGGUGUUUUACUCGCAGUUGCAAGCGUUGGUUGAAAGAUUGCCUCGCCGAGAUCUUCUGAUUGUUGCUGGCGAUUUGAAUAGUCGAACUGGACCUGGCGAUCCCACAACCAGUAAUCUUACUGGCUGCUUUGGGCUAGGUUCCCGAUUUUAAAAUAAUGAGAGAUUGCUGGACUUCGCUGAUCGAAACCGCCUGCUUGUCACCAACACAUGUUUCCAGCAUCGCAAAAAAUAUCUGCUAACCUGGUAUUCAAACGACAGCCAUACGGCCAGUCAGAUUGAUUACAUAAUAGUCAGCUCAAGGUUCCACAGCUGGGUUCACGAUAGCAGAUCGAUGUGUUGUGCCGAGAUUGGUAACGCUCAUGUGUCGGACCGUGUCCUUGUUCGCACACGUUUGAAAGCUCAUCUCACAUCCACGCCAAAAAUGCCACGUCCUAGACGUCUCGAUGUCACAAAAAUCCGGCAAAGGCAGUAACCAGUGGUCAUCACUAGGAACGUCAGUCUAUGGAGCAGCAGAGAAAAGCCUAGGAUACACCCAGCGACGCCGAUGUGACUGGAUCAGCGGAAGACCCCAGAAGUUGUCUGCUCAGACGGCUCGAGCCAGGUCCCGUAACGAUGGCUGCUUCCGACAACUUCGGAAGAUUACGGUAAAAUGGGCCAGGGAUAACCGGAAGCAAUAUUGGGCUGAAAUAGCGACCUCCAUGGAACAGGCCUCGAACGUCAGUGACAUUCGAAAACUCUAUCAACUUAUCCGCCAAUUUAGCGGUAAACCCUCUACACUGAGUGACUGUUCGCGGCGUGAAAGGCGGCUUUAUUCCUGACAACUAGGCCAAAGUCGAGCGUUGACGUGAGCACUUUGAGCACCAUCUCAACUUCGAUACCCAACUUACCUCGCCCUUGUUUUCCUUCUCAGCUGAGUUUAUUCCCUCUCCUACCUAUGCAGUGUCAUGCGACCCUCCCUCUGAAGGAGAAUUCGUCGAUGCCAUACGAAAGCUACGCAACAAUAAAGCACCCGGAGUGGACGUCAUACCCGCUGGAAUCUUCAAGUCUUGUGUUGACAGUCUGGCGCCCUGGCUCCUUGAAGUGAUUGAACGAGCGUGGAGAGACGAGGUUGUUCCUGAGGACUGGGGCUUAGGCAUCCUUGUACCUAACCUCAAGAAGGGAGAUACGAAGAGGUGCGAGAACUACCGCGGCAUACGCUUCAUCGACGUUGCUGCGAAGAUCUUCGCUAUUGUCCUACUCAGGCGAUUCCAGACUGUGCGUGACUCAAGGACGAGGCCCAACCAAGCCGGAUUUCGUGCCGGACGUGGAUGUGUAAACCAGAUAUUCACACUAAGACGAAUUCUCGAAUUUCGCCAUAGCUACCAACAACCGACAGUCGUCUGCUUCAUUGAAUUUUCUGCCGCGUUCGAUUCCAUCCAUUCUGAGUCCAUGUGGCGGGUAUGGGCGCUAGAUGGUGUACCGGCAAAAAUCAUCGUCAUGAUCAAAGCUUAUUAUCGCUCCACCACCGCGCGAGUCCUGCUCCACAACAAUCUUUCCCAACCGUUCGGUAUUCGGUCAGGCGUUCGACAGGGUUGCAUCUUGUCGCCCAUUCUGUUCAACUAA